CAUUUCACGGUCCGUUGCCCCGUAUCAUCGGGUGAACUCGCUUAAUCGUCGUCGCCUUCACCGUGAGCUUCGUUAGCUUUUCAUGAUGACCGAUUGACACGACACAAUCACGUCAACCGCAACUCCUGGUGUCUACCACAGAGCCGAGAUAAACACCAUGGAACACCAGAUCGAGCGGAAGAUAUUGGAGGAGAAUAUGGAAGAAGGCGAUCGCGUUACGGGGUGGCUUGAGGAGUUGGAGAUUGGCGAUCUCAGCGACGAAGCCAAAGAGUCCACUCAUGCAGUUGAGGAGCAAGAGCAACCAAGGACGCCACCGCGCCGGCUCAAAAUCACUCCGGAUAUAUAUGAGAGUGUUUCACCAACAAACACCUCUUUCUAUAACAGCAGCGUAUUCGAUUCUCGCAAAGACCUUCGAUCCCCACGUUUCUGUAUCCGAGACGACGCUUCAGACGCGACGAGCGUUGACGACGACGACAACGACUGGACAAAUAGCAAGACUAACCAAAAGCGCUUCGUCACGCCCAAAACAGUUUACAACACGCCCAGCAUCGACUCUUACAAGCCGCCUUCUGACAUCGAUGAAGCGCUUCAAGACGAACUCCCUAACACCAACCCCCCCAUUCACUUGCCCCCAAGCCCUGGCGAAUCACGACUCGUGUGCAUAACCUCCUGCCUGCAAUGCACGCUCGCCGAUCUACCUUGCUCCCUCACUGUACCCAGCUGCUCGCGGUGCGAGAGGAAUGGGAUGGGGGAUGUGUGUCUUCUGCAUCGACGGCGGUUCAUCGAGGAGGAUACCCAGGAUGCCGCAUUAGCGUGGAGUGUGCCUGUUCUGCUCAAACUGGUGGGCGAGGAUGAGGGGAGAUGGCGGAAGAAAGUCGACCUGGCUUAUCAGUUACACGCCCAGUGGCAGGAUGAGCAGGAUAGGAGGAAUUGGGUGCUUCCGCGGUGGGGUGAGCGGAAGAUGGAGGAAUCGUACAUCGUGAAAGUGCAUCCUGGGGAGGGGAAAGGGCGGUUGACGUAUCGCGAGUUGAAGAUUGAGAUGUGAUUGUGUGAGCGGGUAUGUGGAGUUGACGUAUACCGUGGGUAGUGCGAUGAUUCUUUGCUUGGUUUUGUUUCGAUGUAUUCGACACUAGGGCAUUGUCACGAUACAUAUUUCGUUUGGGAAGUACGGCUUGGAUAUACCUUACGCCUCUUCGUUGCCGUCUUACUCCCUU